GGAAGUAAACAAAAAAAAAUAAAUAAAAGAAAAUAGCAUUCUCAUAUUGGAGUCUAGGAAAAUGGUUCACAUUUAAUUAGACCACUAUGCCUUCAGCUGAGUGUUUGAGGCAGUUCGUUAACGAUCGCCUGGCUGCGGCGGCUGAAGAGAUAAUCAGUGUGUUUGAGAACACCAUCGCUGGCUAUGAAGAAGAGCUGAGCCGUCAGCGCAGGCUGCUCAGCAUCGCCUGGAAACCCCAAGUAAAGUUGCACAGGGCAGACCUCCAACAGCAUUUAAUCCAUGUGAAAGACAUUCCGAAAGAACUGCAGCUCGGCAAACAGGACAGGAAGUCCAUUUCGGAGCAAGAAGAGGGAAAGCUCACACAGAUUUCAGAGAGGCGUGACAAAAUAUGCCUCAGUCAUCACAAAGAAGUAGUGCUGAAAGAGGAAAAUGCAUCUCUUUUCCCAAGUACUACAUUUGAUGAAGUUGGCCACAAAGUAGAUCAGUCUGUCUUGUCCAAUCCAGUGGAAGAGGAGUCCCUGGACACAGUAUGUGAGCUCCAGAGGAGUUCCAGUGUAAAAGAACAUAACAUUGAUGAUCACCUUGUCUCUAACUAUUCUGAAGAUAUGAGCAAAGAUCAGACCCAAAGUAAAGACGGUGAUUCAGUGGCAACCAGAUACGUGGAGACCAGACUGCAGAGGAGGCAGCACAGAUUCACUGAGUCACAUAGCGUGGCCACGUUAAAAACUCCUAUUAAUACUCAUAAGGGUAAAAUCUCUGAGUUUAUAUGUGAAUCCUGUGGAAAAGCUUUUCCAUAUAAAUCCAGACUGAUCCGGCACCAGGUAAUCCACACGGGCGUGAAGCCAUACUGCUGCCACACCUGUGGUAAGCGAUUCAACCAGACCUCAAUACUGAAGGUCCAUCAGAGGAUCCACACGGGUGAGAGGCCGUAUUCCUGUGACGUCUGCGGAAAGCGGUUCAACCAGAAGUCUAUACUGAAUGUGCAUAAAGAAAUCCACUCCGUUGAGAGGCCAUAUUCCUGUGAUUUCUGUGGCAGAAGAUUCAAGCAGAAAUCAAAACUGGAAUCCCAUGUCAUAUGGCAUACAGAAAUCCCACAGCCGCUUUUCUUUAAUGAAGAACAUUUCCUGUCUGACCAGCAGCUCUUUAAACAUGACCUGGACUCCACCUUAGGUUUGGAGUUUCCAAAAAUCAAAGAUGAACAGGAAGACUUCUUCUUGGGUCAGGACAUGGAGAGGCUUGUGUUGAAGCAGGAGAUGGACACGUUUAUGGUGUCCCAUGAGGAAGGAGACCAAAGCGUCGCUCAAACACAGGAAGAGGUUGCAGAGGUCACAUCUGAUCACAAAGGUGGAAAACAACAAGAGAAGAUGAAACACAGAAACUAUCAUGUAUAUAAUCCUAUCCUGUUUAAGAGUUCUUGUAACCCUCACAUGAAUAAAAAGUGUGAGUAUAAAUGCAAUUCCUGUGGGAAAGACUUUCAGUUUAAGUCCAGACUGAUAAGACACAUGCGAAUCCAUACGGGAGUAAAGCCGUUCUGCUGUCACAUCUGCGGCAAGAGAUUCAACCAGAAAUCCAUCCUGCAGGUCCACCAGCGGAUCCACACCGGGGAGAGGCCUUUUUCCUGCGACAUCUGUGGAAAACGCUUCAACCAAAAAUCCAUCCUGAACGUUCACAAGAGAAUCCACACGGGCGAGAGGCCGUAUUCCUGCCAAGUCUGCGGCAAGAGGUUCAACCAGAAGUCCAUACUGGACGGCCACGUCAGGACGCACACGGGCGAGAGGCCAUAUUCCUGCAAGACGUGCGGCAAGAGCUUCAGAAGUCACUCCAGCCUGCUGGUUCACAUGAAGAAGAUGCACACAGACAUGAAGGUCUACCCCUGUGAAAUGUGGUCCGUUCUGACCAUGUAUCCGGUUCAAAGUAUGCGCAAGUUUGUCUGCGACCGGCUGACUGCAGCAGCUCAGGAGAUCCUGGGAGCGUUUGAAAAGAGAGUAGAGGAGUAUGAAGCGGAGCUGGCGCGACAGCGCAGGAUGUUAGACACGGUGUUUUCUCCAGAGAUAAAGUUACAGAGGACAGAAAUCAAGGCUCCUCUAAAUCAGCAGCAGUAUGGCAGUAAUGACGGAGCAUCCAGAUUCCUACCAGGUACUGUGCAGAUUAAAGAAGAGCAUGAGGAAAUGAGCAUCAGCCAGGAGCGACCGCAGCCUCUGCAGCAGCAAGAAGCUGCAGCCUCCAGGCUGACUUCAGCUUCUCAUCCAAAUACCCCUGGUGAGAAAUCACAGCUGCUAGGUCCUGAAAAAGCGUGGGGAGCAAAUAAAGAUCUUCAGUCUAACAGUUCAAACCAAGAUGUAGAGUCUGGAUCUAAGGAGGGGGUAGCCUUGGUGAGUGGGCAAUCGCUCUCUCAAAAUUCAGGCCAUGCUGAAACCCCAAUUGACAAAAGAGGGCCAACAUCAACAUCAGCUGAACCUACAGAGCAAACUUCUACUGAAAGGAGCCCGGCUCAGGCUACAAAUACAGAGGAGUCGUUUGAUGAUGCAUUUUUGGAUGGAAAUUAUGAGGACAUCUUGAAUGAAAUUGACGAGAACUCAUUUGCACUCUCCGGUAUGAGUCCUGAGCCGUCCUCUGAAAUGAGUUUUCAUGACCUAAAUGCAGCAUCAACCAUCAUCACAGAGCAGGCACAGUUGGAGAAAGAUAAUUGUGAGAGGCCGAUGUUAACACCAAUCAAUAAUACAGGGUUCCCAAUGACAGCUGCAACCAAUGAGUCGGCACCAACAAGGGGCUGUAUAGACAACAAUAAAAUAACAGCAACUCAAGAAAACUAUAAACCAGAAGCAAAUAAGAAUCUAGAUGAACAUAUUGUCUUAAGAAGAGUUAUUGAGCCAGUUCAACUGAUGGAAUUAGUUGGUAGGCCAGCGCCUCCUGUCUUAACUGUACCAGCACCAGGUACUGCUCCAACCUCAUCUGUAAUAGGUCAAAAUGGAAUGAGCGCAUUUUGUACAGGUGACAAAGAUAAGCUCAUAACAUCAACCGGAUCUGCUGAAUUUGCACCAAACAUUAUAACAUCAGUAAAUAUCCAGGAGACAACCACUGCUGGGGAAUCUCUGCUUGAAAAUGCAAAAGGAAAAGAGGCAAGAUUGGCUCAGAGCACCGGAGACGGCCAGGGUUCUGAGCCGCCGCAAAUAGAGAAAAAAAGGAUGCGGAAAAAGGAAGAUUCCAAAUCUUCCAAAAGCAAUCAAAUGAAAAAGCAAGACAAAGGCAGCAAAGAGAACAACAUGUCAAACCAGAAUCCCGACCCACCGCUGUCUAACACGGAUGAAAGCGAAUCCAGCGACGGAGAGAAGGCAGAAAACCCCUACAAAUGUGACACGUGUGGCAAAGAAAUGUCCAACUUCAAGAACUACAAAUUCCACAUGAAGACACAUACGGUCGCCAAGAACUACAAAUGUGACACUUGCGGGAAGAUGUUCAGAGAGAGCUGGGACUUGAACAAGCAUUUGAUAAUCCACUCUGCUGAGAAGCCUUACAAAUGCGACAUCUGCGGAAACGGAUUCAAUCGGCGCUACAACCUCGACCUCCACGUCCGGGUUCACACGGGGGAAAAGCCGUACAAGUGCAGCACGUGCGGAAAGAGCUUCAGCUCAUGCGUCAAUAUGAAAAAGCACAUGAGGAUUCACACAGGCGAAAAGCCUUAUACCUGCAAGGAAUGUGGCAAGGAGUUUGCAGACUCAUCUGCUUAUAAAAACCACCUGCGGGUACACACGGGGGAGAAGCCUUUCAAGUGUUCCUACUGCAAGAGGAAGUUCGCCACCAGGACCACUUUAAAACGACACAUCAGGACGCACACGGGUGAGAAGCCAUACAAGUGCACCGUUUGUGAUCGAAGCUUCGGUCACAGAACUGACCUGAAAGGCCACAUGAGGAUGCACACAGGGGAGAAACCUUAUAGCUGUUCUACUUGUGGAGAGAAGUUCUCCUCCUGGUCUAAACUGAACAAACACAAGCGCAACCACACGGAUGAAGAAAAGGACUCCACAGAAUAACGUCGAGUUUGUUAUGAAAGUAUCUAAAUUAGGGCUCCAAUUAACAAUUAUUUUGUAAAUUGAUUA